AUGAAGGACAAAUGGAUUGGAUUGCUUCAUCACAUCUGCAAUGAGCAUGAGUGGUUGGAAGGUCAAUGUGACCAUGAAGAUGAUGAGCAUGAUGAGCACCUUGCUUGGUUUGAUCCCAGAGAUAAAGAUUAUCAAGAGCUGCAAAAAAUAAUCCUAAAUCCAGAGCUACUUGCAAGUUUUAAAUUCUAUACCCGUUUUAGACAUACAGGUGGCAUAGAAUGUGCCAACAGCCUUGGACUUGUUUAUACCCCAAAGAGGACCCCGUUCAGAUACAGUGCAUACAAGGCUAGAAGACAGCUCACAGCCAUUGAUUGGAACUUCCAUCAAAACCUCCAGCAGGCCAAGACAGAGCAUGGUGAUGAAAUUGUCACUAGGAAAUACAAUCCACGAACCCGAAAUUGGGACCUCAAGAUGGUGAAGGUGCAGAAGGGGUACAAUUACAUCCCAGUACUCAUAGCUAAAAUUUUAAAACGAAGAACAGAUGACCACAAUAUAGUUGGUGUUACAAGAGCAGUGGAUAUGAAUGAAAGUGACCCUGCCCUAAUUUCUCCUACCAUUGCCCACUUACCCCCACCACCUACAAAGGAAAUUGUUGCAAGAAGCAGAUUUGACAAAUAGGCGUUAACUGUAAACCAGCCCUAAUGUCUUUAUUGUAAAUACUAUGUACAUAUCCACCAGCCUUUCGCAUGAUGACAAAUA